GGCCGUGAGGAUGGGGGGCUACACCCACGCCCCUUGCUUCGCUCACUGCCUCGACUCCCUGGUGGGAAACUUCUGUGUCACCAUCAUAGUGUCCAGAUCAUGCUGGGCACGGCUAGGGCCAUCUGCAGCCACUUCCAAGGCUCUGCGGAAGCCCGGCGGCUCCUCCCAGCUGCAGCGGCAGUGCGGCCUCCCAGCCCACCAGCCCUUCCUGGGGCUCUCGCAUCCCUGGGUGUCCGCCUAUCCCUUGCUGGAGUGGCUGGAGACACAGCAGCUGGGGAAGGCAGGGGCGGCCCUGUCGGCCGUGUUGCGGAGCCUGGCGGACAGUCUGGUCAAGCUCCCGCAGCCCUUCUGGACGGUGGUCCGGGAGGUGAGCAGCGCGCAGGCCGCCUUAAGCCUGGUGCUGCCCCAGCCGCGCUACCUGCACGUCUUCCCGGCGCAGGUUCGCGGGCGCUUUGAGGAGCGGAGCGCCGGGGAGAUGGGCGUGGCCGUGUGGCUGGCCGAGGGCCUGGCCCUGCAGCUCUCCACAGACCACCAGCUCCCUGAGCUCUUCCACCAUGAGCAGUUCGUGCUGGCGACCCUGCUGGACCCUGCUUCAAGGGCAGGAUAGAGGCCACCCUCCCCGAGGGGGCCGACAUCAACCAUUGGAAGCAAGUUCUCGUGUACGAGGUGAAGGAGCUCG